UAUUGUUGUGACUUGUGAAAUUUAUUAAUUAAAUUAUAUAUAUAGGUUUUUUCUUCUUCUAUCAAUCUUCAUGUCAUCAAUAAGAGGAAGAGACACUUUAGAACUUGGUGGUGUGAUAAGUGAUGUGUUGGAUCCAUUCACAAGGUCUAUUAGCCUAAGUGUUGUUUACAACCAUAGGGAAGUUAUCAAUGGCACUAAUUUGAGGCCUUCACAAAUUACUAAUCAACCUAGGGUUGAGAUUGGAGGAAAUGGUCUUUCGACUUUUUACACUCUAAUUGUGGUGGAUCCUGAUGCUCCAAGUCCAAGCAACCCAAAUUUGAGGGAGUACCUACAUUGGUUGGUCACUGAUAUCCCAGCAACCACAGGAGUAACCUUUGGGAAUGAAGUUAUAUGUUAUGAGAGUCCAAGGCCUUCAAUGGGAAUCCAUAGAAUUGUUUUCUCUUUAUUUCGUCAAUUGGGCAGAGAAACUGUUUAUGCACCAAAUUGGCGUCAGAAUUUCAAUACAAGACAAUUUGCUGAACUCUACAAUCUUGGAUCACCUGUUGCUGCUGUUUACUUCAAUUGCCAAAGGGAAAAUGGAACCGGUGGUCGUCGUUGCGAAUAAUUAUAUAGCAGGAGCAAUCUCGAUUGCCGUACCAGAGAGGAGAGGAAUAUUAUAUAACAGGAGCAAUAUAAUCUCAAUCGUCGUAGACAAACGACGAUCUCUAAUU